AUGGCGUCGCUCCGCCGACGCGAGCUGCUGCAGAUCCUGUACCGCUCUGAGGCCAAGGCGCCCCUCCUCGUCUUGCUGGCGGCCUCCCCCUCCCUGCGCAUCGCGGUGCCCUGUGCCCAGCUCAGUCCCGCCGCGGCGGGGACUGGGUCCCGCGUGUCCGUCGCCAUCAAGGCCACGCACCCCGGUGGGGAGGUGCUGCUGGACUGCGGGGUGUACUGGAGCGGUGCCCCCCCCGGCCCCGUGGCCAUGCACUACACAGCCCUCCUGGCCCACGCCGAUGAGGACACCCUGGAGGGCCUCGUGUCCCGUCUGGACCAGGCACCCUGCCUGACACCCUCGCACCCCUUGCGACCCUCCCCCGCCCCGGGCAAGUUGGCGGUGUCCACCCUGGCUCGCGCCCUGAGCCAGGAGGAGUCGGGUCUGGGCGUGGCCACCCCCUCGCCCCAGGCCAGCCGCCCGCAGGGCCCCGCCGCCUACGCCUCGGCGCCCCAGCGCACGCUGCCGCGCAUGCUGCUGAGCAGCGACCUGCUGAACCGCGUCCUGGAAAUGAAGGACGACGCGCAGCAUGCGCUGGACCGGUCGACGAUGCUGGCCUGCGCCCAGCGCGGCGCCUGCCUGGCCUGA